AUGGCAGACGUUUUUCAUCAACAUUCAACUGCACGAAAAUCAUUUAUCACUCCCAAUCUCGAUAAAGAUAUCAAGUCGACGUUAGAAGCGACAGUUUUCGACGAAUGGCUUUAUGGUCAGAAGCUAACUGAUCAGGUGAAGGACGCUAAAAAUAUUAAAAAAGCGUCUACAUCACUUAAAGCCCCAGAAAACUCAACAGCUAAGAAGACAACUAGUCAGUUAAUAGGAGUCCUCGUUGCGGCAUCCCCAGCGGUAGAGUACAGUAAAAUAUAUAUCGUAAGAUUAGAGAGGGCAAAAUGGUUAGCGUUAACUAUCAAUGAUAAUAAUUUUGAAGCUUAUAUUAAAAUCACUAACUCCAUAAUGGAAGAUCUUAUUUGGUGGAAAAUAAAUUUGUUAACUGGUUCUAACCUAAUAAGGACACAAAAUUAUAAAAUCACAAUAUCAUCUGAUGCAUCCAGAUCAGGUUGGGGUGCGGAAUCUAAUUUAAAAGUCACUCACGGGUUUUGGAGCCAGAAAGAUAAAAAGUUUUACAUCAAUUACUUAGAACUCCUAGCUGCCUUUUUUGCUUUAAAAUGUUUUGCUUCAAAUCUCAGCAAUUGCGAAGUUCUGAUGCGUAUAGAUAACAUUACAGCCAUUUCAUAUAUUAAUAAAGCAGGUGGAAUAAAAUUUCCCCACCUGAGUGCGCUAGCUCGAGAGAUCUGGCAGUGGUGCGAAGGAAAAAAUAUUUGGAUAAAAGCAUCAUAUAUCGCCUCAAAAGAAAAUAUCGACGCAGAUGCAGCCUCUCGUGUUACUAACUUAGAUACCGAAUGGGAACUUAGGGCAAAGUACUUCAAACAAAUAGUCGAAAAAUUUGGCCCUUGCACAAUUGAUCUAUUCGCAUCUAAAAUUAACACCAAGUGUAAAAAAUUUUGCUCACGUUACCCUGAUCCAGAAGCAUUAGUAGUAGAAUCUUUUACAAUUUUAUGGGAGAAAAAACAAUUUUAUGCAUUUCCUCCUUUUGCAAUAGUAUUACCAGUACUUAGAAAAAUAAUCAAUGAUAGAGCAACUGGGGAAGAAGAUCCAUCCUCUAUCACACAAGCUUUCUCUAGUGGUAGGGAAACUAUCAGGGAAGCUAUCACGGAAUUUCUAAUAAAGGGAGUACCAGAGGAUUCCGUCGACUUCAUGGUAAAUUCAAUCACACCAUCAACACUCAAACAAUACGAAGGCUGUCUCAAAAAAUGGACACAAUUUGCCACAGACAAAAAAUUCAAUGUAUUCGACCCCAACACUGCCAAUAUAAUUGAAUUCCUGACGAAAAGAUUUAAUGAAAACGUGGGCUAUGGAACCUUAAACUCGACGAGAUCAGCGAUCUCACUCAUCGUAAAAAGAGACUUAUCUAAAGAUGACCUUAUAUCAAGAUUUUUUAAAGGAGUUUUUAAGAAACGGCCCGCUACUCCAAAAUAUUCCACAACAUGGAAUACAGAACAAGUGUUAGAGUACAUAGAAAACCAAAAUACAAUAGAAAAUCAAACACUAAAACAAGUAUCUGAAAUCGCAACAACACUACUAGUCCUCAUUACUGCUCACAGACUCCAGACUAUAUUUCUUAUCGACAUAGAUAAUAUUAGUCAAGGUUCAUCAGGCCUUCAGAUCAAAAUUCCGGAAUUGAUCAAGACAUCUAAGUUGGGAAAGAACCAGCCAAUAUUAAUAGUACCUUUUUUCAAGCAACGACAAAAAGUUUGCGUAGCUUCUAUAAUACUGUACUACUUAAAAAUAACACGGUCUAUUCGAGCAGAAAAUAAAAAACUGUUUUUAUCAACGGUAAAACCACACAAUCUAGUAACCGCUCAGACAAUCGGACACUGGAUUAAGUCGUUAUUAAACAAAGCUGGUAUCGAUACCGAAAAAUUUAGCGCAUACAGUGCUAAACAUGCUUCUGUAUCUGCAGCAUACAGAAAAGGAGUAGACAUCGACACAAUCAGGAAAACAGCAGGCUGGACAGAUGGAUCUGCAACGUUCGCGCGUUUUUAUAAUAGACCUCUUACAGAAUCAAGCAAUAAGUUUGCUUCAGCAGUUAUAACUAAAAUAAAUAGUAAGGGAAAAAAUAAUAAACGUUAA